CAUUUAAGGCCCCUCCUGCGCCCGCUCCUAGAACCGGAGCUGCUGUCCUCAAGUCCGGAUCUAGCGCUGCGUGCUACCGACGCCCGUCCGAAGUGCACUCGGGGUGCCUGUUGCUUCUAAGUCCAAUAUGACAACGCUCAAGGAUCAGCUGAUUCAGAAUCUUCUUACGGAAGAACAUACCCCCCAGAAUAAAAUUACCGUUGUUGGGGUUGGUGCUGUUGGCAUGGCCUGUGCCAUUAGUAUCUUAAUGAAGGACUUGGCAGAUGAACUUGCUCUUGUUGAUGUCAUGGAAGACAAACUGAAGGGAGAGAUGAUGGAUCUCCAGCAUGGCAGCCUUUUCCUUAGAACACCAAAAAUUGUCUCUGGCAAAGACUAUAGUGUGACCGCAAACUCCAAGCUGGUUAUCAUCACAGCGGGGGCACGUCAGCAAGAGGGAGAAAGCCGUCUCAAUUUGGUCCAACGCAACGUGAACAUCUUUAAAUUCAUCAUCCCUAAUGUUGUAAAAUAUAGCCCAAACUGCAAGCUGCUUGUUGUUUCCAAUCCAGUGGAUAUCUUGACCUAUGUGGCUUGGAAGAUAAGUGGCUUUCCCAAAAAUCGUGUUAUUGGGAGUGGUUGUAAUCUGGAUUCAGCCCGGUUCCGUUACCUAAUGGGGGAAAGGCUGGGAGUUCACCCACUGAGCUGUCACGGGUGGGUCCUUGGGGAGCAUGGAGACUCCAGUGUGCCUGUUUGGAGUGGAGUGAAUGUCGCCGGUGUCUCACUGAAGAAUCUGCACCCUGCUUUGGGCACUGAUUCAGAUAAGGAACAGUGGAAAGAGGUUCACAAACAAGUGGUUGACAGUGCUUAUGAGGUGAUCAAACUGAAAGGCUACACAUCGUGGGCCAUCGGAUUAUCUGUGGCAGAUUUGGCAGAGAGUAUAAUGAAGAAUCUAAGGCGGGUGCAUCCAAUUUCCACUAUGAUUAAGGGUCUCUAUGGAAUAAAAGAUGAUGUCUUCCUCAGUGUACCUUGCAUCUUGGGACAGAAUGGCAUCUCAGAUGUUGUGAAGGUGAAUCUGACACCCGAGGAAGAGGCUCGUCUGAAGAAGAGUGCAGAUACACUUUGGGGAAUCCAAAAAGAGCUGCAGUUUUAAAGUCUUCUAAUAUUGUACUACGCCACUGUUGAGGUUACAGCAGGAUUUUAGUUGGAAGAUAUGCAUAUUGUCCCUUUUAUCUGAUUUGUGCCUAAAGCAGUAGUAUUAAGACUGCCUUAAAAAAAAACACACCAAUUUCCUAAAUUAGAAACAGGAAUGAUUCGUAUAACCUUACGAAUCAUGGCUGCAUGGUAGUGCUAAAUUGGUUAGUGUAAAAUAGUUCCCCACCCUGGGAACACUACUGCCAGUGUGCACAUUACUGCAGCCGCCCUUCAGACCAAAUGUGUGCUAAAUACUUGGGUUCCUUUGCUCAACAUGCCUAGUCCUGCUUUUUUUUUCUCAUGUUAGGCACACCCUGGAUUCAGUGUAUAAAUCCAACAUUGCAUGUCUUGUGCAUAACUCUUAUAAACAGUCAUUCUGUGUACUGUACGUAUCAAAAUGUGUACAUUGCCUGUGUAAUGUAAAAAAGAAAAGUCUACAUAGAAACAAUGUAACCAGCAAUCCAAGUGAAAUACCAAUUAUAAAACACCAAAUAAACCUUGAACAGUGA